AUGGCGGCGGGGGGAGGGGGAGGAGGCGGCCGAGGGAGCAGCAGCGGAGCGAAGAUGGGGGGCAGGACUGGGGGGACCGGAGGAGGAGGAGGGGGGGGCGCGGUGGCGGCGCCUGCUCCCGAAAAGCUUCCAGUCCACGUAGAAGAUGCCCUCUCUUACCUGGAUCAAGUGAAGAUCCGUUUUGGUAGUGACCCUGCCACCUAUAACGGUUUCUUGGAAAUCAUGAAGGAGUUUAAGAGCCAGAGCAUUGACACUCCAGGCGUCAUCAGACGUGUCUCUCAGCUGUUCCACGAACACCCUGACCUCAUCAUUGGCUUCAACGCUUUCUUGCCCCUGGGUUACCGAAUAGAGAUUCCAAAGAAUGGAAAGCUGAAUGUUCAGUCACCUCUCACUGGCCAGAUAUCCCUGGAGCCGGUUCAGAACCCUCUCUCUGGCAGCAGUCUAAUGCUACACUACUGCCAGGAGAACACCCACAACCAUGGAGACUGUCCAGAGGAUUUCCGUCAGCAGCAACAGCCCUGCAAGGAUGAUAAGGUUCAGAUGCCCCUGGAAUCCGAUUCAGUGGAGUUCAACAAUGCCAUAAGUUACGUGAAUAAAAUAAAGACCCGAUUUCUUGAUCACCCUGAAAUCUAUCGUUCCUUCCUGGAGAUCCUUCACACCUAUCAGAAGGAGCAGCUAAGCACAAAAGGCCGCCCUUUUCGAGGCAUGUCGGAAGAGGAGGUCUUCACUGAAGUGGCAAAUCUUUUCAGAGGUCAGGAAGAUCUUCUAUCCGAGUUUGGACAGUUCCUUCCGGAAGCUAAGAGAUCUUUGUUCACAGGGAAUGGGCCGUGUGAUGCCAACAGUAUUCCCAAAAUGGAUCAUGAGAAACAUCUAGAAAACAGUAAGAAACGGUCCAGGUCUCUGUUGCUCCGUCCUGGGCCCAGCCCAGCCAAGAAAAAGAUGAAACUGCGUGGGACAAAGGACCUCUCUGUUGCAACCGUGGGCAAAUACGGCACUCUGCAGGAGUUUUCUUUCUUUGACAAGGUACGUCGAGUCCUGAAGAGCCAAGAAGUCUAUGAGAACUUCCUCCGCUGCAUUGCUCUCUUCAACCAAGAGCUGGUCUCUGGCUCUGAGUUGCUUCAACUGAUCACGCCCUUUUUGGGGAAAUUCCCUGAACUCUUUGCUCAGUUCAAGUCAUUCCUGGGAGUGAAGGAGCUCUCUUUUGCCUCCCCAAUGAGCGAUCGCUCUGGGGAUGGGAUGUGCCGGGAAAUUGACUAUGCUUCCUGCAAGCGUAUCGGCUCCAGCUACAGGGCCCUCCCCAAGACUUACCAGCAACCCAAAUGCAGUGGCAGGACAGCUAUUUGCAAAGAGGUGCUAAAUGAUACCUGGGUCUCCUUCCCGUCUUGGUCUGAGGACUCGACCUUCGUCAGCUCGAAGAAAACUCCUUAUGAGGAGCAGCUACAUCGGUGUGAAGAUGAGCGCUUCGAGCUGGAUGUUGUCUUAGAGACCAACUUGGCAACCAUCCGUGUCUUAGAAAGUGUACAGAAAAAACUGACCCGUAUGUCGCAGGAGGAUCAAGAGAAGUUCCGGUUGGAUGACUGCCUCGGUGGCACCUCAGAAGUGAUCCAGCGCCGGGCCAUCUACCGCAUCUAUGGAGACAAAGCACCUGAGAUCAUCGAGAGCCUCAAGAAGAACCCUAUCACCGCUCUUCCUGUUAUCCUGAAGAGGCUGAAGGCCAAGGAAGAAGAGUGGCGAGAAGCUCAGCAGGGCUUCAACAAGAUCUGGCGAGAGCAAUAUGAGAAGGCCUACCUGAAGUCUCUCGACCAUCAGGCUGCCAACUUCAAGCAGAACGACACAAAGGCCUUGCGCUCCAAGAGCCUGCUGAAUGAGAUUGAGAGCGUCUAUGAUGAGCACCAGGAGCAGCACUCUGAGGGAAGGGGAGCCACUAACGAGCCACAUCUCAUCUUCAUCUACGAAGACAAGCAGAUCCUGGAUGAUGCGGCUGCCUUAAUCAGCUACUAUGUGAAACGGCAACCCACUAUCCAAAAGGAGGACCAGGCUACUAUACGACAGAUUGUCCAGCACUUCAUCCCAGACCUGUUUUUCUCCCAGAUGCCCGAGCACCCAGUUCCUGAAGAGCUACCCAGCGAGGAGAAGGGGAGCAGCCCCAAGGCUCACCCGGUGGAGACACGUGAUCUGCGGAAAAGGCAUCCACCUGGCUCACAAGUGACCCCUGUGGAGGAUAAGGGAUCUACCCUGGUGGAAACCCAUGAGCUGAGAAAGAGGAAUCCUCCUCCUGGCCCGCCUGUGAGCCCUAUGGAGGAGAAGCCACCUGCCUUGGAGGGCCAUGAACUGCGCAAAAGAAACCCUCCAGUCCCUCCGGCCAGCCCUGCAAAGGAGAAAGGCAGCCUGGAAAGCAUCGUGCCUUCCGCCCGGUCCCACCGUACCCUGGACAAUGUCUAUACUCUCUUAUUUGCCAAUAACAACUGGUACUUCUUCCUUCGCCUUCAUCAGACUCUUUGCUCACGGCUCCUCAAGAUUUACCGUCAGGCGCAGAAGCAGCUGCUGGAAUAUCGGACAGAAAAAGAGAGAGAGAAGCUAUUGUGCGAAGGCCGGAAGGAGCGGGCCAAUGAUCCCGCCAUGGAGCUGAGGCUGAAGCAACCGAGUAAGUUGCCUUUGCUGCAUCACUUAGUGAGUGAUGACGUCUGUCUGAAAGUUGUGGAGCUGUACCUCAGCGAGCGAAAGCAUGGAGCAGCUGGUGGCAAUCUGUCUUCUCAAUGUGUACGAGCCGCAAAGGAGACCAGCUACCAAUGGAAGGCGGAACGUUGCAUGGCGGAUGAGAACUGCUUCAAGGUGAUGUUCCUUCAAAGGAAGGACCAAGUGAUCAUGACCAUUGAACUUUUGGACACAGAAGAGACUCAAACCGAAGACCCCAUGGAAGUCCAGCAUUUGACUAAUUAUGUGGAGCAGUAUGUGGGAGUGGAAGGGACCCCGAGCAGUCAGAAUGAAGGCUUCCUCUUAAAGCCGGUCUUCCUGCAGAGGAACCUUGACAAAUUCCGGCGAUGGCAGUGCCAGCAGAUCCAGGCCAUGCGGGACAAAGCAAAAAGUUCCUGGAAGCAGCUGAUCGGCGUGGAGAGUGCCUGCAACGUGGAUUGCAAGUUCAAGUUAAACACCCACAAGAUGCUCUUCAUCAUGAACGCUGAAGAUUACAUGUACCGUCGGGGAGCGCUGUCUCGAGCCAAACAGGCGGCGCCUCGAGUCUUGCUGCGGCACCACCAGCGCUUUGAAGAGUGGCACCGGCGCUGGCUCGCGAGGCAUGUCAACCGAGAAGCAGCCGAGAUGGUCCAGGACUGGCUGAUGGGGGAUGAGGAUGAGGACCUGCUGCCCUGCAAAACUACGUGUGAGACUGUCAGUAUACACGGGGUGCCUGUCAGCCGCUACCACGUGCAGUACAGCCGCCAGCCCGCCUCUCCCUGACUUCCAGUCUGUCCGCCUUCCCACCUGCCCAACCCCACCCCCCAAAUUCCAGUGGCCCUCAUGGACUUUUGGGAAGACGCCCUAUGUAUCACUGGUAUUUAUCCAACCAGCUUUUAUCGCUUGGGGUCCCCCUCGGGGGCUGCGAUGAUUUUCUUCCCCACCCCACCCCCCAACCCUACCCCAUGCAGCAUGGGUGUGCUUGUCCGAGAAAGAAUGGACCCACAGCAGAAUGGAGGCAGCUUGUGUCGCUCUCGUUUAAAGGGGGAGCUUUCCACUUAGGCCAGGAGAGAGAGAGAGAUGGAAUGGUAGGAGGAAAGAGGCCAGAGGGCUAGAAGAGACAGGCCAUUGCUCUUUGAGAAGUUCCAAAAUUGUUGCCCUUGACAUUGGGGGUGAGGUCUCUGCAACCGUAACCUUUUUGUAUCAUUGAGCAGGAAACAAAAUACCAAAUGUGGCGACUUUGGCUUCCUCUCUCCCUUUCCCCCUAUGUCCUAAUUCUGUGGGUGGUACGGCUUGAGUCGCCAAUAUACCUUGGCACCUUCUUACUUAGAGAAGUGAUGCAAGUAGAUGCUGCACCAUGGACAACUAGGGCUUUUGAAAAUAGGAGAAGCCAAGAUUCCUUCGAGAACCAUCAGUGCAAAGAAUUUAAGAGGGUUUGGAUUUGUAUUUUUUCUCCACCCAUCUCCAAACCCUUUUUUCUUUUUCAUUUUUUUAAACCUAAGUCUAAAAUUUGGCCUGGAUAAGAUUCAAAGCGUCUUCUCUUCCACACAGGCUCUGGUGUGUUCACUUACCUAUGCCAUCCUAGUUUCUCAUUUGGGUGCCUCUUAGGCAACAAGAUUUGCAGAUCCCGUCUCUGGAUAUGAGGUGCAUGUCCAGAGAUGCUGGACUGUUCAGUGGAAAGAACCCCCCCCCCCCCCAUGUAGGGUUUGAGGGUUUUGUGCUGAAGCUCUGGGACUCCCAAUUAGGGGGGGUACUGCCCUCCCUGCUUCCAUAAAGUCCUUGGUGCCUAGGGGUUUCUUCGACUUGCAAAAUAUGCGGUUGUAUCCCCCCCCUCUUCUCAUAUUCCCCUUGCAGCCAAGGGAGAGGAUGCAAUUUUGCCUUGAGCAGUAUCCAGAAGUCCCAGUUCUACCACCUUUGUCUCCAGCAGCUUCUUCUCCCAGAUUUUUAAUCGUGUCUUCUUAUGCUCCACCUGAGCAGAGACGACUGCCUGUGCCAAAUUCUGUUAUGAAACUACUACUAAACGGUAGCUUGUGGCUUAAUGUGUGUUUGAUUGGGGGGGGCGGGGGCAUCGUGAAGUUUGAGAAUUUUAUCCCCUCCUAGACCCACCCUCCUUCCUCUCCUCUUUCUCCUCAAACUUUUUCAAAGCCAUCUUUACACAUCCUUUUAUAAAUCAAUUAAUUUAUAAUCUGAGUGGACAAAGCAAGACUCUCUCCUUUGUAUCCUUCUCAUCGCUCUGUGUGGUGUUAGCAAGGGCCACAAUGAAACCAACAGAGACCUGUCAAUAGUCGGAAGAGAAGACAAGAAAAUAAUUCUUCGGUUUUUCUGAAGGAUCUCUUGCUUUUUUUAAAAAAAUUGGUUUUGGCUUGUAUUUGCUUUGCAAUUCUUUAAAUGUAGUUUUUAAAAAAAUAUUUAUUUGCACAUCAAGUAAAAUAAAAUAUUGAUUUUAAAAUGCAAAGAUUCCCUCGUUUCUCAAUUAUUGGAUGGCUUCAGAGUGCUUGACAAAGCCCUUGGGAGCAGCUCUUCAGAGCGUUUGAAA